AUGACAAGAUCCGGUUACAUAAACGCUGCAUUUCGUUCAUCCAGGGCCAAUGAAGCAUACUUUUUCAUCUAUAAUAAGUAUGUGUUGUUGAAUUAUGCUCCAGGAACCGGAAACGACAAGCUUAUACUCGGGCCUACUCCCGUUCGAGAUGGAUUCAAAUCACUUAAUCAAACCAUAUUUGGAAGCUACGGAAUAUAUUGUAGCUUUGACACCGAUAAUAACCAGGCAUUCAUCUUUUAUGAAAACUUUUGUGCUCUCAUAGAUUAUGCUCCACAUUCCGAUCAAGACAAAAUCCUUUCAGGUCCUAAGAAAAUCGUUGACAUGUUUCUGUUUUUCAAACAAACCGUGUUUGAAAAUGGAGUAGAUGCGGCUUUCAGGUCCACAAGAGGCAAGGAAGUUUACUUAUUCAAAGGGGACCAGUACGCUCGUAUAGACUAUGGCAACAACAGCCUCCUUCAAAAUAUCAAGAACAUUACUGAUGGGUUUACUUGUUUCAGAGGCACAAUCUUUGAAAGUGGAACGGAUGCGGCUUUUGCUUCUCACAUUACUAAUGAAGCUUACUUUUUUAAAGAUGACUACUAUGCACGUGUUGUUGUUACCCCUGGUUCAACGAAUGAUCACCUUAUUGAUGGUGUGAGGAAAACUCUUGACUACUGGCGAUCUCUUUGGGGCAUAAUACCCUAA